AUGGAGCACUACCUGCGCUCCGUCCACUCCAGCCCCACCCUGUCCAUGAUCUCCGCCGCCCGCGGACUCAGCCCCGCCGACGUGACCCAUGAGCACCUGAAGGAGCGGGGUCUGUUCGGGCUGCCCCCUCCCCCCCCGGGCGCCAGCGCGGCCGAGUACUACCACCUGAUGGCGGCCAGCCACCGCAGCCCCUACGGAGAGCUGCUCAUGCAGACCGGGGCCGCCGCCGCCGCCGCCGCCGCUGCUGCCGCAGUGCACCUGCCCGAGUACAUGAGCCCCGUGGACAUGUCCCGUUUCCCCAGCCCUCGCCUGACCCCGCGGCUGAGCCGCAAGCGGGCGCUGUCCAUCUCGCCCAUCUCGGACGCCAGCAUCGACCUGCAGACCAUGAUCCGCACCUCGCCCAACUCCCUGGUGGCGUACAUCAACAACUCCCGCUCCAGCUCGGCCGCCAGCAGCUCCUACGGGCACCUCUCCGUCGGGGGCAUCAGCCCCUCGUUCACGUUCCCGCACCCCAUCACCCCGGUGGCGUACCAGCAGCUGCUGUCGCAUCAGAGGGGCCUGAGCGCGUUCGGCCACACGCCGCCGCUGCUGCACCCCUCCGCCUCCAUCGCCGCCCGGCAGGCGCCCAUGGGGGUCAGCGCCGCCCCGCACCACGCCACCAACACCUCCUCUUCCUCCUCCUCCUCCUCCUCCUCCGGCCCGGGGGAGUCCGUCCAGAAUGCUGCUGGUGAGUCUGCCGUCAGUAGCACGGUCAAUCCCAUGGUAACCAAGAGGACCAAGGUCAAAUCGGAAAUGGACGGACCUCGGCCCAUCUCCCCCUGCUCUCAGGACCACAUUGACCUGCGCGAGGAGCUGGACAAGGACGAGUGUAAGCAGGAGCCCGAGGCCGUGUACGAGACCAACUGCCACUGGGACGGCUGCAGCAAGGAGUACGACACGCAGGACCAGCUCGUGCACCACAUCAACAACGAGCACAUCCACGGGGAGAAGAAGGAGUUUGUGUGUCGCUGGGACGAGUGCUCUCGGGAGCAGAAGCCCUUCAAGGCCCAGUACAUGCUGGUGGUGCACAUGAGACGCCACACCGGGGAGAAGCCACACAAGUGCACGUUUGAGGGCUGUGCCAAGGCCUACUCCCGCCUGGAGAACCUGAAGACCCACCUGCGCUCCCACACCGGCGAGAAGCCGUACGUGUGUGAGCACGAGGGCUGCAACAAGGCCUUCUCCAACGCCUCGGACCGCGCCAAGCACCAGAACCGCACGCACUCUAACGAGAAACCGUACGUGUGUAAGAUCCCGGGAUGCACCAAGCGCUACACUGAUCCCAGCUCCCUGAGGAAGCACGUCAAGACCGUCCACGGGCCCGAGGCACACGUCACCAAGAAGCAGAGGGGAGACGUCCCCCCCAAGGGCCAGGGGCCCAAGGGCAACGGGGAGAACGAGGGGGGCCAUCGGGGCGGACGCGGCGGGCCAGACGGGGUGAUAGAAGCCAACAGCACCACCAAAGGAAUGGAGGACUGCCUGCAGGUCAAGUCCAUCAAGACGGAGAACAAUGUGAUGUAUCAGUCCAGUCCUGGCGGGCACUCGUCCUGCAGUAGCGAGCCGUCGCCGCUGGGCAGCAGUGCCACCAACCACGACAGUGGAGUAGAGACGGCCCUGCACAGCAGCGGCGGCAGCCUGGGCGACCUGAGCGCCCUGGACGAGGCCGCGCCCAUGGCCGCCGACUCCACCGGCUCCCCGGGGGGCGCCGUGACGACGGGCGGCGGCGGCGUGGGCGUGGGCCUGCAGCUGCGGCGGAGUCGAGGGGGGCUGUUAAGGCUGGACCAGCUGAAGCAGGAGAAGCUGAAGGGGGUCAGGGACUCGUGCUCAUGGGGGAAACCGCCGGCCGGGCCGCAGACGCAGGGACGCAUCGCCAAACUACCUCCCAUACCGGCCGUCGGCUCCCUUCUUGAGGGUUCCAACAUGGGCUACCCCGGCUCCCUGCCCAGCCCUCGCAUCGGUGGCGGCGGCGGCGGCAGCGGCGAUCUGAUCACGUGCGAGGUGACGCUGCUGAACCAGCUGAACAGCGAGCGGCGGGACAGCACGUCCAGCACCAUGAGCUCGGCCUACACGCUGAGCCGCCGCUCGUCGGGCAUCUCGCCCUGCUACUCCAGCCGGCGCUCCAGCGAGGCCUCGCAGUUCGGCAGCAGCGGCAUGGGCAGCGGCAUGGGCAUGGGCAGCGGCAUGGGCGGGCACCGGCACCACAACAACAUCAGCGCCGCCUCCUACGACUCGUACGACCCCAUCUCCACCGACCUGUCCCGCCGCUCCAGCGAGGCCAGCAACUGCGGAGGAGGAGGAGGAGGAGGUCACGGAGGAGGAGGAGGAGGAGGAGGAGGAGGAGGUGGAGGAGGAGGGAUGGGGCUCACGCCGGCGCAGCACUACCGGCUGAAGGCCAAGUACGCGGCGGCCACCGGGGGCGCCCCUCCGACACCGCUGCCCAACAUGGAGCGCAUGAGCCUGCGCACGCGCAUGGCGCUCUACGGCGACUCCCAGGACAGGGAGGGCAUGAGCGGGUACCCGUUCCACGGCUCUGGCAUGUCGUUGGGCGCUUCCCGGCGGUGCAGCGACACCGGGUACGGCGCUCCCGGCAUGAUGCCCCACGAGGUGCCCGGCAGCAUCCCGCGCCGCGCCAGCGACCCCGUCCGGCGGCCCGCCCAGGACCCGCUCUCGCUGCCGCGCGUGCAGCGCUACAACAGCGUGAGCGCCGUGAACGUCUCGUCGCGGCUGACCGCCGCCGACCGGCGCGGAGGAUUCGGCGGCGGCGGCGGCGGAUUCGGGGGCGGCCUGUCCAGAAGCGGCGGCAACACCUGGUCCGACGGCAGCCUGCACCGCCACCCCUUCGUCCAGCGGCCGCCCAGCAUCUCGGAGAACGCCGUCAUGGAGACCAUGGCGCUGGACCAGGCCGACGACGACAUCGUGCUCCCGGACGACGUGGUCCAGUACCUCAGAACGACGCAGAACGGCGGCUCCACUCAGGACGCGCUGACCGGCAGCUACCCCGGCGGCGGCGUGGGCCAAUCACAGGACUUCCAGAGAACCAUGACGCUCCAGCAGCAACACCAGCCACCACAACAACAACAACAACAACAACAACAACAGCAGCAGUUCUACGGGCAGAGGCGCAUGGCUAUGAUCGACGCUGGCAUGACUCCUCCGGCUCACGGUCCGGCGAUGGUCUCCUCUCAGUUCAGCCCACGGCCCCAGCAGCAGCCGCAGCCGUUCACCGCCGCCUCGCCCGGCGUCAACAAGAGCAGCAUGCCCGUGCAGUGGAACGAGGUCAGCUCGGGGACCGUGGACUCCAUGGAGAGGGUUCCUAAGCAACAGCAACAACAACAACAACAACAACAACAACAACAACAGCAGCAGCUGCAGAUCCUCCGCAGCAACCUGGCCGUGGUCCAGCAGAAGCAGGCGUUCGGCGGCUACCCCCACCCCCACCCCCACCCCCAAGGCUCCAACCAGCAGAUCGUCCACAUGAGCCAGAACCUGGCCGCCAUGCAGCAGCAGCAGCAGGCCAUGCAGAGGGGCAUCCAGCGGAUGAGCGCCCUCCAUCAGCAGCAGCAGCAGCAGCACAGGGUGCCCUCCUCGUCCACCAACCCGUUGGCACUGCAGCCCGAUGCCAACCAACACGGGCUGUUCGCCAACGCCGGCCUUGCGAACGGCAGAGCGGCGCCAAUGUCGACGACGACGGCGACGGCGACGCAGCAGCAACAUCCAGAUGUUCCACUGCAGCAGCAGCAAUACCGGGCGAACUCGUCGUACGUGAGCGGCGCCGGGCAGCAGAGUUUCGCGGUGCCGUCGUCUCAGAUGGCUGCUCAGAACGGAAACCGGGCUGUGAUGCACCCGCGGCCUCCCGCGGAACCCAGGCCCUCGGCCAGACAGCAGCAGCAGCAGAACGCGGGCCUGAUCUCCGGGCAGCCCAGCGGGUUCCUUCAGGCCAACUACGGAACCUCAGAAGCCAGCCCCAAGAGAACCGACAACAGAGGCCACCAGGAGAGCGGCGGCAACAACGGCAUCAGCAUCAACGGCACGUUCUACUCGGGCGAGAUCCACGUGCUCGACUCCAGCGUGGACGGCUUCGACGUGCCCAUGUCGCCUUGCGCCAACCAGGACCCCGGCGCCAACGCGGCCACCAUGGCCUCCCCGGGGGUCAACCAGGUCACCAGCACCGUGGACUCGCAGCCUCCCGCGCCGGCGUCGGCGGCGACGACGACGACGGCGUCCGAGCACGCCCAGAUCGACUUCGACGCCAUGCUGGACGACGGCGACCACUCCAGCCUCAUGUCGGGCACGCUCAGUCCGGGCCUCCUCCAGAGCCUGUCCCAGAAUUCGUCGCGGCUCAACACGCCGCGCAACUCGGUCACGCUGGCCUCCGUGCCCUCGGGCAUCGGGAACAUGGCCAUCGGAGACAUGAGCUCCAUGCUGACGGCCCUCGCAGAGGAGAGCAAGUUCCUCAACUUGAUGGCUUAA